AUGUCGAUGGACGUUGGAAUUGUCGGGCUGGGUGUCAUGGGCGCCAACCUGGCACUAAACAUUGCGGAGAAAGGAUUUCGCGUGGCGGUUUUCAACCGCACCUACGCCAAGGCCGAGAGCUUUAUGAAAGAGCACGCCGCGGCUUCUUUUGCGGCAAAUCUCAGGGCAUUCGAGACGAUGAAUUCCUUUGUCACGGCCAUCAAAAAACCACGCAAGAUUUUUAUUCUUGUCCAGGCUGGUGCAGCCACCGACGCGACGAUUGAGCAGUUGAAGAGCGUUCUGGAGAAGGACGACAUUAUUGUAGACACUGGCAACGCACACUUCAAGGAUCAGACCCGCCGGGCUGAAGAGCUUGAGGCGGCCGGUUUGCGUUUUCUCGGCAUGGGAAUUUCAGGUGGUGAAGAGGGCGCCCGAAAAGGUCCUGCAUUUUUCCCCGGUGGUACGCUGAGUGUCUGGAAGGAAAUCCAACCCGUGGUUGAGGCCGCCGCUGCAAAAGCAGAUGAUGGGCGUCCAUGUGUCACCAUGAAUGGCCGUGGUGGGGCUGGUUCCUGUGUGAAGAUGUAUCAUAACGCUGGGGAGUAUGCCAUUCUGCAGGUGUGGGGCGAGGUCUUUGAUAUUCUUCUUGCAAUGGGGCUAAACAACGACGAGGUGGCCGACGUCCUUGAGGAUUGGAAGGCUCGGGGGUUCCUGACGUCGUAUAUGCUUGACAUUUCCAUUGUCGCCGCGCGGGCCAAGGUUGCGGAUGGCAGCUAUCUUUCCGAGCACGUCAAGGACUGCAUUGGUUCGAAAGGCACAGGCCUGUGGUCUGCACAGGAGGCGCUAGAAGUUGGCGUCCCAGCCCCAAGCCUAAACAUGGCAGUGUUGUCGCGGCAGAUGACAAUGUACAAGUCUGAACGUGAGGCAAACGCAAAGGCAUUCCCGUUUGUUCUCAAGGUUUCUGGCCACGCAAUACAGGACAAACGCCCCAACGCACCAGAAAUCCGACAACUCUAUCAUGCUGUUUCCAUUGCGAUCAUCGCGUGUUAUGCGCAAAUGUUCCAAUGUCUCCGCGCUCUGGACAAGGUGUAUGAAUUUGGGUUGGACUUGCCAGCCACCAUUGCCACUUUCCGCGCCGGUUGUAUUUUGAAGGGGUAUCUACUCAAGCCAAUGACCGAGGCCUUUACGAAGAAUGCAAAUCUGAGCAAUCUGAUGUGUGCCUUUGAAAAGGAAAUAGCGGAAGGGCUGCAGAGCUACCGCGAUAUUUUGGCUCUCGUCACGUCCAAGACGGCCCUGACGCUCCCUGUUCUCUCCGCCUCUCUGGUGUACGUCAAUGGGAUGUUCACGCCGACGCUUAAAUACGGUCAACUUGUAUCACUGCAAAGGGACGUGUUUGGCCGCCACGGAUACGAACGGCUGGAUAAAGAGGGACGAGAAUCCCACAAUUGGCCGGAGUUACAAUGA